ACUUGCCUGGCGAGAGGGAAAGUGUGGCUGAAAGUCCACAACCCGCCCUUGCCCCGCCCCCGGCGACUCCCAGCGCCACCGGGGAGCCACCAAGCCUGGCCAGGGCCCUAUCCCGCAGCGUGGACAGGGCAGCCUUGCCGGACCAAGCGCCCGUCCAGCGCCCUGCGGGCAAUGGGCUUCAGUGCUAAACCACGCGCAUGCGCGGCCCUCUUUCUCCAGAGAAUUCCUCGGGUCACCUGGACGCCGGCUUCUCCGCCACCUGCCCCUCCAGGUCCCUUCUCAUCCUUGACUCUUCCCGCUGGUUCUCACCUCCGGCCCCACUUCUUCUUCUUCUGCAGGCCCCGCUAAGCCCUGCCGCGGGGGCCUGCAGAACCCGGCUUUCACUCGACACGAGCCACUCGGCGCAGUGCGUCUUCCGCUUCCGGCGAGUAUUGUGUGUCGUGCUGCGGGGCGGGGGCGGGGGGAGGAGGAAGGAGGGAGGCAGCGCUCCGGCGGCUCCGCGCCCCGCACUCCCGGAUCCGAAGCCGGGAAGGCCCGAGCGGACGUUUUGCCGCCCCGGCUACGUCAGCGCGUCCGGCGUUGCUUGGCUACCCCGUGGUUCCCCGGUCCCGCUGCCGCUCGCCUCCCCGGGUGAAACUGACGCCGUCACCGCCGGUCUCUACUGCGUCAUAGCGGCGGGCAUCCCACCUUCACGUCACACCUCCUUCUCACCUGGACACGCAUCCCUCCCUACCCUGCCAACCAUGACGUUUCCUGCCCACCCCCUCCAAUCCCUCUGCGCCAGAUCUGGCGGGAGAACAUGGAGACGAGGGUGGGACAGAGUUGUGGACCACGCUCAGGAGAGGGUCUCAAGUUAAAUAAUGGCAGAGACAAGUCUGUUAGAGGCCGGGGCCUCUGCAGCCUCCACAGCUGCAGCUCUGGAGAACUUACAGGUAGAGGCAAGCUGCUCUGUGUGCCUUGAGUACCUGAAGGAGCCUGUCAUCAUUGAGUGUGGGCACAACUUCUGCAAAGCUUGCAUCACCCGUUGGUGGGAGGACCUGGAAAGGGACUUCCCUUGUCCUGUGUGUAGAAAGACAUCCCGCUACCGCAGUCUCCGGCCUAAUCGACAACUAGGCAGUAUGGUUGAAAUCGCCAAGCAGCUCCAGGCCGUCAAGCGAAAAAUCCGUGAUGAGAACCUCUGUCCCCAACACCAUGAGGCCCUGAGCCUCUUCUGCUAUGAGGACCAGGAGCCUGUAUGUUUGAUAUGUGCAAUUUCCCACACCCAUCGUGCCCACACCGUCGUGCCACUGGACGACGCCACACAGGAGUACAAGGAAAAGCUGCAGAAGUGCCUGGAGCCCUUGGACCAGAAGCUGCAAGAGAUAACCCGCUGCAAGUCCUCUGAGGAGAAGAAGCCUGGUGAGCUCAAGAGACUAGUGGAAAGUCGCCGACAGCAGAUCUUAAAGGAGUUUGAGGAGCUUCAUAGACGGCUGGAUGAAGAGCAGCAGAUGUUGCUUUCACGACUGGAGGAAGAGGAACAAGACAUUCUGCAGCGACUCCGAGAAAAUGCUGCUCACCUAGGGGAUAAGCGCCGGGAUCUGGCCCACUUGGCUGCCGAGGUGGAGGGCAAGUGCUUACAGUCAGGCUUCGAGAUGCUUAAGGAUGUCAAAAGUACCCUGGAAAAAUGUGAGAAGGUGAAGACCAUGGAGGUGACUUCAGUAUCCAUAGAGCUGGAGAAGAACUUCAGCAAUUUCCCCCGACAGUAUUUUGCCUUAAGGAAAAUCCUUAAACAGCUAAUUGCGGACGUGACCCUGGACCCUGAGACUGCUCAUCCUAAUCUAGUCCUUUCAGAAGAUCGUAAAAGUGUCAAGUUUGUGGAGACAAGACUCCGGGAUCUUCCUGACACACCACGGCGUUUCACCUUUUACCCUUGUGUCCUGGCUACUGAGGGCUUCACCUCAGGGCGACACUACUGGGAGGUGGAAGUGGGCGACAAAACCCACUGGGCAGUAGGUGUGUGCCGGGACUCUGUGAGCCGAAAGGGCGAGCUGACUCCACUCCCUGAGACUGGCUACUGGCGGGUGAGGCUGUGGAAUGGGGACAAAUAUGCAGCCACCACCACGCCCUUUACCCCUUUGCACAUCAAAGUGAAACCCAAGCGGGUGGGCAUAUUCCUAGACUAUGAAGCCGGAACGCUGUCUUUUUACAACGUCACAGACCGCUCUCAUAUCUAUACCUUCACUGACACUUUUACGGAGAAACUUUGGCCACUCUUCUACCCAGGCAUCCGGGCUGGUCGGAAGAAUGCUGCACCACUUACCAUCAGGCCCCCAACAGAUUGGGAAUGAUAGGUGGGGACGUGGGAAUAAUUGGGAUAAGGCAGAGUCAAGAGCUAUGGGCCUUCCUUCCUGUGUCCUGCUGGAACGUCUUCCUGUCUGCCUGGUUCCAGUCCUGAAUCAUCUGUGAGAAACAACUUGGUUUCUAGGGUGGUCUAUGUGGAGGAGUAGGUAGGACUGGACUGGGAUGUGGGAGCACAAGUGUGCCUCCCUCCUGACUGUAAGAGUGAGAAGCUGGUUCCCAGGGGAUUGUCUCCUCUGAAGACCAUGAGGUUGUCUGUUGCAUAAGGACCAGUUGAGAAGGAAGGAGAAAGUUGGUAGGGAGGGGGUGUCUUCCUCAAACCAGAGGAGGAAACAGAAACCCCUGUAUGUCUUUUUAGGGGGUUCUUUGACCCAGGAUAAUCUUGUUUCUUGAGGAGGAUCACAGAGGUCUGUUUACCUCUGGAUCACAGAGGUCUGUUUACCUCUAAGUUGAAAUAAAAAUGAACAAUAGUUGCUCUCAUGGGUCUAGAAGUGGGGGGAUGUUUCUGGGGGCAGAGACUGGGCAUCAAAAAGCCUAGAAGGAAGGUUAGGGAAAGGGGCUAAAGGAACAGAUUCCUAGAAACUAAUGAAGGGGAGGGGGGUUUCUUUGGUCUUCUAUUCCCAAGGUAAGGUUGCCAUUAUGAGUUGGAUUGACCAGAGGUAGGAAUGUACUGGGGGAAUCAGGAAGAGUGAGAGGGGGCAAAAAGAAAGAACAGGAGAACUCUCGUUCCUGCCUUAGGCUUUCAGCAUGUCUGGCUUAUUGCCUGCCUCUUUACAGUUGGUUAUCUCCAAGAAGUCAGUCACCUUGCUCUUCUCUAAGGGCAAGGUGAAAGAGAUCCUGCAAGACUCCCAUGCUUUAUUUGCUUUCUCAAGAGAACUUAGAAAGGAGAGGAUCAGGCAGUAAGAGGAAAGAGAAAGGUUUUUCUAUCCAAAGCCCCUGGCCUUAAAGGUUAUUAAGUAUCUACUCCCAAGUUGUCAGCUUUGUUACCUGGCUAAGGUGUCCAAGCCAAAAAAAGAGAAAGAUAAUGAAAUUCGUCUCACUCUGAGGACAAGGUAGAAGGCGGUAGUGUGGAUAGGAAAGGGUCAGGUAGGCAACUCUCUUUGUGAACUGUUUUUCACAAGAGCCAGCCUUUUGCUUGUUGGUUGCCGUCCUUCACCCUUUGCCAUUUCCCUUUUCAGAGAAUGCAAAACAUUUUAAUAUUGGGCCAAAAUAAACAAGCCGCAGAGUACAUAUGUUGUCAAAAAGGUAAAGUAAUGCAUGCCAAACCAAACUAAAACAACCUGGAUUAUUUGCUACUUGGGUAGUCAAGGGUUUACAGAAGAUUGGGACAAAAGACUGUAGCUUAUUGAGGGCAUUUCAGUUCCUCCUACCACCUCAACAGGACUUUGUCCAGACUCUCCUCCUCUUACCUUUGUGCCUUGACUGUGGUUCUUUGUGGCAAGAUGCUUUGGUUGGUUAAAAAAAUAAUAAUACUAUGGAGCAAAGGACCCACUGAAGUGAUCUCUGUGUUGUGUAAUUGGGCAAUGGCUUUCUUCUGUUGAUGUGCAUGAAAAUCAAAGGGUGUUAAAACUGCAAGUUCCUGGGUCUCAACCUCAGUGACUGAUCAAGGUCCAGGAUGUGUGCUGAGCAUCUACUUUUGAAACACAUUCCUCCCAGCCGAGUGUGGGGACCCUUGUGAAACUCAUCCUGGAGAAUGUUUCAACCUUUUGCUUCCUCUGAGCUGGACACCUGGCUACCUGCCCCAACCUGGCAGGGAUUUGAUAGGAGAGAGAGACCUCAACCUCUUGUGAGCCAUGUUGCCCUCUCCCUGUCUCAGGAUUUAUCUUCUGCUCCUCCAGCUACUAUUCCUCUGCUUCUGACCUUACAAUUGGAAGUGAUUAACUACAAAGUAGAGGUAAACACAGGGUGCCAAACAGAGCAAAUAGGAGACAGAAAGAGACCAGAGAAAGGCAUGUGAAGUGUAUGUCUAAGGGGAAAGGAUGUAGUUGCAGGGGGUAGGGGAUACUGUUAACAAGUUUCAUGGUCCUGUGCCUAAGACUAGGAGUUAGAAACUAUCACUCACUGUUAUAGUUUCCUGCCUGCAAAAACAAAUACCAUGCAACAGGUUGGCUUAAACACUGGGAAUCUAUUGGCUUACAGUUUUGAGGCUAGAUGUCCAAAAUCAAGACAUCAUCAACGCAGUGCUUU